AUGCAUGUUAAAAUUGAAAACCCGUAUCCCCACCCUGGGUUUAUGAAGCCAGACCAUGGCAUUGAAGAUGUGAGCGACAAAGAUGACGACGACCAAAUCAAUGAAGACGAUAGUUGGGUUGUUAUAGGGUCUUUUUUUGCUAGUCACGGUUUAGUAAAUCAACAAAUUGAAAGUUAUAAUGAUUUUAUAGAAUAUAGAAUGCAAGAAAUAAUAGAUGAACAUCCACAUAUUGAAAUAAAACCACAACCACAAUAUAGACCUGAUAAAGAUGAAAAUACUAAUAUAAUAUAUUCUUUAAAAUUUGGACAACUAUCAUUAGAUAGACCAUUUUUUGAUGAAAAAAAUUUAAUUAAUAAAAAUCUAUGGCCUCAAGAAGCCAGAUUAAGAAACUUAACUUAUUCAUCUGCUAUAUAUAUUGAUAUAGAGCAAAGUACAUAUAUGAUUGAUGAAAUUACAAAAAAACAAAUUUUAAAAGAAAAGUUUGUAUAUGAACGUAUAAAUUUAGGUAGAAUACCUCUUAUGCUUAAAUCUAUGUUUUGUUGGACAAAGGGUUUACCUGAAAAUGAUAUCUCUGAUAUGGGAGAAUGUAGUUUAGAUCAAGGUGGUUAUUUUAUUGUAAAUGGUGGUGAGAAAGUUUUAGUUGCUCAAGAAAGAAUGGCAAAUAAUUUUAUAUAUGUAUUUAAAAAAAAACAUUCUUCAAAAUUUGGAUGGAUUGCAGAAAUUCGAUCUCAAAUGGAAAAAUCACAAGCUACAUCUGGUUUUUCUGUAAAAAUGAAAACAAAAUCGGGUUCUAGAACUGGUGGUUCUGGAAGAUCAAGUGGUGGAUUACUUGUUGCUACAUUACCAUAUAUAAGAACUGAAAUAUCAGUUGGAAUAUUAUUUAGAGCAUUAGGUUGUACUUCGGAUCGAGAUAUAUUACAACGUAUUGUCUACGACUUUAAUGACAAAAUGAUGAUUAACAUAAUGAGAGAAACAUUAGAAGAAUGUAUUGAUUAUCCUACUCAAGAUAUAUGUUUAGAUUAUAUUGGAAAAAGAGGUCCAACAGUUGGUGCAUCAAGAGAUAAAAGAAUUUUAUAUGCAAAAGAAUUAUUACGUAAAGAGGUAUUACCACAUAUGGGUACAGGCCCAGGUGUUGAAAGUAAAAAAUCGUAUUUUAUUGGAUAUAUGAUAAAUAGAUUAUUAUUAGCAGAAUUAGGAAGAAUUAAAGAAGAUGAUAGAGAUCAUUUUGGAAAGAAAAGAUUAGAUAUAGCUGGUCCACUUAUGGCUAGUAGUUUUGCUACUUACUUUAGAAAAAUGGCAAAAGAUGUAAGAAGGGUAUUACAAAGACAAAUAGAUAAUAAUAAACCUUUUGAUGUAGCUGGAGCGAUAAGAAGUUGUUCACAAAUAACACAAGGAAUGCAAUAUCAAUUAGCUACAGGAAAUUGGGGUAAAGAUAAAGAUGGGAAAGUUAUAAGAACAGGGGUAGCUCAAGUUUUAAACAGAUUAACAUAUUCUUCUUGCUUAUCGCAUUUAAGAAGAUUAAACACACCAUUAGGUAGAGAAGGGAAAAUGGCAAAACCAAGACAAUUGCAUAAUACACAUUGGGGUAUGAUAUGCCCUUUUGAAACACCAGAAGGUCAAUCUGUUGGUCUAGUAAAAAAUUUAUCAUUAAUGUGUGAUAUAAGUGUUGGUACAUCUACUAAUAAUAUAUAUGAAUUUUUAACAGAAUGGGGUCUAGAAUCAUUAGAUGAAGUACCACCACAAUUAAUGAAUGAAAAAGUGAAAUUAUUUUUAAAUGGAAAAUGGGUUGGAUGUUUUAAUCAAAUAGAUAACUUAAUAGAAACUCUAUAUGAAUUACGAAGAAGAUGUGAUAUAUCACCAGAAGCAUCAAUUGUUAGAGAUGUAAAUAGUAAAGAAAUAAAAAUUUUUACCGAUUCUGGUCGAGCUAUGAGACCGUUAUAUGUUGUAAAAAAUGUAGGAGGUAAAAAUAAAUUAAAAUUAACUAAAGAACAUAUUAGAAAUGCUACAAAAUAUCCAGAUCAAUAUAAUUGGGAUUAUUUUAUACAAGAAGGUAUUAUAGAAUAUAUAGAUUGUGAAGAAGAAGAAACAACUAUGAUAAGUAUGUUUAUAGAUGAUUUAAAAACAGGGACGGGUUAUUAUAAUAAUUAUACACAUUGUGAAAUUCAUCCAUCUUUAAUUUUAGGAGUUUGUGCAUCUAUUAUUCCAUUUAGUGAUCAUAAUCAAAGUCCCCGUAAUACAUAUCAAAGUGCAAUGAGUAAACAAGCAAUGGGAAUUUAUGUAACAAAUUUUAAUAUACGGUUAGAUACGUUAGCUCAUUUAUUAUACUAUCCACAAAAACCAUUAGUAUGUACAAAAGCUACUGAAUAUUUACACUUUAAAGAUUUACCAGCUGGAAUAAAUGCAAUUGUAGCAAUUAUGUGCUAUACAGGAUAUAACCAAGAAGAUAGUUUAAUCAUGAAUCAAUCAUCUAUUGAUCGGGGUCUAUUUAGAAGUGUUUUUUAUCGUACUUAUACUAGUGAAGAAAAACAGCAAGGUAGUUUAAUUAUUGAAUCAUUUGAAAAACCAUCAGUAAGAGUAGUAAAAGGGUUGAAGAGAGGUGAUUAUACAAAAUUAGAAGAUGAUGGUUUGAUAGCACCUGGAAUUCGGGUUCUUGGUGAUGAUAUUAUAAUUGGGAAAGUAUCUCCAAGUAUUGAUGAUGAAGAAGAUAUAAUAAUUCAAAAAAAAAUUCCUAAUGCUUCUUUAACUGCAUCUAAUAAUAAAAAUAUUUAUGAUAAUACAGUUGGUAGUGAUAAUAUUAGUAGUAGUUCUAGUGUGAUGGGAAGUCCAUCUUAUACUUCUAGUAUGUUAGAUGCAGGUUCUGAUCCCAAUGGAAAUGAAAGAUAUGGAUCUGGUAGUAGUAGUGUUGGAAGUGAUACUGCAUCUAGAAUCAAUUCAGUGUCAGGCCAAUCACAUACUACAUUAGUAUCAGGAGCAGACAGUGAUAGAUAUGGUAGUACUGCUGGUGCUACUAUUAGAGAAGAUGUAGAAGUACCGACAUUAACUAUUCGAACUACUAGUGCAAUGAAACAAUAUAAAAAAGAUUGUUCUUUAAGUAUACGAUCAAAUGAAAAUGGUGUUAUAGAUACAGUUAUGUUAUCAUCAAAUAGUAGAGGUAAUAAAUUUGCUAAAGUAAAAGUACGAUCUGUUAGAAUACCCCAAAUUGGAGAUAAGUUUGCAAGUAGGCAUGGACAAAAAGGUACAAUCGGUAUAACCUAUAGAAUGGAAGAUAUGCCAUUUACAUCUGAUGGUACAUUUCCUGAUAUUAUUAUGAACCCACAUGCAGUUCCAUCUCGUAUGACUAUCGGGCAUUUAGUUGAAUGCUUAGCUGGUAAAGUAGCUGCUAUUGAGGGAGGAGAAGGAGAUGCAACCCCAUUUUCUAAAAUUACAGUUCAAGAAAUUUCUGAACGUUUACAUAGAUUAGGUUAUGAAAAAUAUGGUAAUGAUAUAUUAUAUAAUGGACAUAAUGGUAGAAUGCUAAAAUCGAAAAUAUUUAUAGGACCAACAUUUUAUCAAAGAUUAAAACAUAUGGUAGAAGAUAAAAUACAUGCCAGAAGUAGAGGACCUCUAACUAUGAUUACAAGACAACCAACAGAAGGAAGAUCAAGAGAUGGUGGUUUAAGAUUUGGAGAAAUGGAAAGAGAUUGUAUGAUAUCUCAUGGAUCUGCUAAAAUGUUAAAAGAACGUUUAUUUGAAGAAAGUGAUGCAUAUCGUGUUCAUGUCUGUGAUACUUGUGGUUUAUGUUGUGUAGCAGAUAUAAAUAAAAAUGCUUAUGAAUGCACUAUAUGUAAUAGUAAGACAAAUAUUUCACAAAUUUAUAUUCCAUAUGCAUGUAAGUUACUUUUUCAAGAACUAAUGACAAUGGCAAUAUAUCCAAAACUUGUUCUCGAAGAUAUGUAA